GCAAUUCCUCUUCUAACAACCACGAAGAAACACAUUUAUAACGGAUGUCAAAUCACCGAAGGUCCUUUAAAAAAAUUCAAACUGAAGAAGGUCAUUUUUUUUUCUCACAACUGCAACGUCUUCUAGCUAAUACAUUAUACAUACAGUAAAUAAAUAGGUAAUAAAGUUGAAGUAGAGAUGAACGAUUCAGCAGCAGCAGCAUCAACUCAACUUGCUCCAACACCAUCACUCGCUACGCCUCAUGAUUGUGAAAUUCAAAUUCUGAAAGCUGGAAAUGAGGUCACGAUUGAUCUUAUACCAACAACCACUGAAGCGGAGGACGUCGAUGAUGAACAUCAGACUGCAAAAGGAGAUGCUGCAACAACGGCAGAAGCGGAGGAUGAACAGCCGCCAGAGAAUCCUCAUCACCAAUCAAUGUAUAAAGCUGCAAGAGAAGGCGAUUGGGCAGCAGCUGAAAUGCUUUUAGAAAGAGACAAGGAAUUAGGUUGGAGAGAGAUAACGGAAGCAGGCGAUAGAGCUCUUCAUCUAGCAGUUUCGAGAAAACACACAGAAUUCGUAAGCAGACUAAUAGAAAUGGUGGGAUGGGAGAUGUUAGAGUUGUACGACGGCGAUGGCUACACAGCAUGUUGCUAUGCCGCAAUGGCCGGUAACCUUGAACUGGUUCGCAUAAUGAUGGAGGCCAAUCCAUUCAUUGCCAAUUUACAGAAUUGGUAUGGGACGACGCCGUUCGAGCUUGCAAUUUCCUAUGGAAACGCACACAUAGUUGAGUAUUUUCUGAGGGUCAUUGAGAUUAAAGGUUUAUCUGAAAAACACUGGUUUAAUAUCUUGCUUGUCGCUAUAGGCAGCAAAAUGUUUGAUGUGGCUUUGAUCAUACUGGAAAACAAAGGAAAUCUGGCGGUAAUGCUGGAUGAUGAUAAUCGUACAGCUUUGCAUGUCUUGGCUCAGCUGGAUAUCCCAUCAGGAGAUGAUGGAAAAAGGCAAUCUAAUGUUGGUGUAUUGGCUAAGAAGCUGUGGGAUAACAUUCAGAAUUUGGGAACGAAAACAGUGGUGGAGCUGAUGAAAAAUCCUCCGAUUCUACAUGAUGCAGCUAAAGUAGGUAACCUGGAUGUUAUAGAGAUGAUUACAUUUGAUUACCCUGAUCUUUUAUCACACGUCGACCCAGACGGAUACUCUAUUUUUCACAUCCUUGUUACGCAUCGAAAACGGAACACCCUCGAACUCGUCAAGAAAGCAAGAAAUGUCAAGAAUUUCAAUGCACUCUCACAGGACAAACAUGGUAAUAACCUACUGCAUUCGGCUGGGGCAUCCAUACGUCCAAAGGGGCUCGAGAUCAUUGCCGAGCAAGAUGUUCAAAUGCAGAGAGCCUUCGCCUGGUUCAAGGCCGUGGAGGAAAUUGUACCACCCUUUUAUAGGGAGAUGAGAAACGUAAAAGGGUAUACACCUGAAGAAGUAUUCUGGAAGGAGCACGCCAAACUGUUAGCAACAAGCCAAGCAUUUAUGAAGAGCACAGCAGAAUCUUGCAUGCUAAUCUCCACCAUUGUUCUCACAUUGGUUUUUGCUGCUGCGUUUGCUCCCCCAGGUGGAUUUGAUCAAGUAACAGGGAUUCCUAUACUCUUAAAGAAGGAAUGGUUCGCAGCUUUUAUCAUAUUCCAAGUGUUGGCGUUGUUUAGCUCGACCAUGAGCAUUAUAGGUUUUUGGUCCAUCAUUUCAUCCAACUACGAAGCAGCACAGUUUUUCGCGUUGCCGCAUUACUUGAGGCUUUCGAUGUGUGCUCUCUUGCUGUCCGUGUUGUUCGUCAUCUCUGCUUUCUUGUCGGCCUUCUUUCUGGUGUUCGUGGAAGAGAGGACAGCGGUCGUCGUAUCAUUUAUGGCUCCGCUUUACUUGCUGCUUGUGGUCGGAAUUUCGUAUCUGCUGUAUAAGGUGUGGCGGAAGAACAAGAAGCUACAAAAUUAUUCUCGGAUGGGGGAAAAGAUCAACAAACUACAGUAGCUUGUGUGUGUGCCGUUUCUUUCUACCGAUCUUGUCUUUCAAACUCAUAAAUAAAUGUGUUGUGAUUGCGUCAACUGUUGUAUUGUUGUGUUCAAUUCAGGGCUGAUGAAUUACAUUUUUGUAUAUAAAAA